GGCGGCAACUGUUAUUAUUUUGCUUCAUUCAUUAACGUUUUUGCAGAGAAUCAAGUAGAUUGUUUGAAUCAGUGCACGGAUCAUCAGUCUAUUCGAAUGCACGUUUUCUGAUCCUGGGAUAUUCUCUGCUUGGCUGGAGACUUCAAAGGUCUUUUAGAGCACAAGUCACAAAUGGUAGAUUCUAGAUAUCUAGAUCAUGCAUCUAUCCUUGACGCUUGACAGCAGCACAAAAUGUUCUUCUUGGCAAAGUGAAAGCGGAAACCUGGCAACAUUAUAAUGUCAAGUGGAACUAGCAAUCAGACGUCCUCAUCAGAAACCUCGGACGAUGACUUCCCCGUGGCAGCCAUUGUGUGCCUCGCUGUCGGAGGCUAUGUGAUUUUAGUCAUCAUUGUUUUGUUGAUUCGACACAAGUUGGUGUCCAAGGGAACCUGCAAGUCGGACUGCUCUAGUUCGGUGGACGGAGGAGGUUGUUGCCAUGGUUACUGCCUGAAGCUCUCGGAGGCGUGUCCCUGUUGCUGCGGCACCUGUCCCGACGGCUGUCUGUCCAGAAUCUGUGGCAAGCGAAAGUGCCUCUCGUGUGACGGCUGCUGCAGCGCCCCCUGCACCGCUCCCUCCUGUUCCACCGACGGCUGUUGUAGCAAACCUUCCAUCAGUUGUGGCCCCUGCUGUGCGGGCUGCUGCACCGACUGCUGCGAGAGUGACCUUGACCCCGGCACGUGCGGCUGCCUGUGUCUGGAGGUCAAACUGCGACACCCGAAGCAUGGGGGCAGUGUCAGGAGAAGCCAGUCCCAGCCGUCGUCGGAGCUCAAGGACGGGCGGGCGUUGAGCAACCACACACCACAGCGCGCGUUUGACACACCCACACCACAGCGCGCGUUCGACACUGACACACCACAGCGCGCGUUCGACACACCCACACCACAGCGCGCAUUCAGCACACACGUACCGCCACCCAGGUACGGGGAAGUGGCCCGCUCUGACAGUAAUUCGUUGUUCAGUGACCCCGUGUUUGUGGCGGGGAGGAAGGGCUCUAACGACGCGACACCUGACGCGACCUUGAAACAAAGGUCUCUCUCCAGCAGCCCACACACCCGGAGCCCCGGGAACAGACUCGCCCCUCUGCCGUCGCCGCGGAAGGUUCCGGUUCCAACCCCGAGUGGAACGCCAGGACGGCGACAAACCAGAGCAAAAACAAGACAACGGUGGUCAGGUUCCUGCGACGGUCGCUCGGAUCGCCGUGACGAAUCUUCAACUACAGCUGGGAACAACGGAGUGUUUCGCUUGAGUCUCAAUUCUUCCAGUUCCAUGCAGCUCUCGGGGACUCUCUCGGACGAGUCGUUCCUCAACUCCAGCGCCUCUGGAAGAGUUCUCAUCAACAACAGCAACGACAACAACAGCAACAACGACCACAACAACAGCGGCAGAAGAGAUGGUGGAAACAACACAAACAGGAAGUCUUCCUCACGGUCGCGGAGGUCUGUGCGGGCGGGCCAGAUGUCUCAGAGGUUCCCCAACAAAGUCCUGGUCAGCGCCCGCUCCCUCCAGUCCACGUCACAUGACUUGAGUCUCGGGGAGGACUCCACGUCUGCUCGCAGCAGCCACAGGUCAAGUGUCAGCUCACGGGCACUGCCGCAGCCCAGGGUACACAGGGGGGUGUGAGGGGUGGUGUGUGGGGGAGUGUGAGGGGGAGUGUGUGGAGGAGACAGUAGCCACAGGUCAAGUGUCAGCUCACGGGCACUUCCACAGCCCAGGGUACACAGGGGGGGUGGGAAGGGUCGUGUGUGGGCUAGUGUGAGGGGUGCUGUGUGUAGGGUAGUGUGAGGGGUAGUGUGUGAGGAGUAGUGUGUGGGGACAGCUGUGUGAAGGGUAGUGUGUGUGGUAUUCUUUUUUAUCCACUCACUCUCUUCCUAUUUUGCCUGGAACAGACAUAGAGGGAAAGGAUGAUGGACAGACAG